AUGAAGAACAACGACAAAAAGGCGCACAUCAUGCGGCAUCGAUCGGAGGUCAAAGAUGCUCCUGGAAAUGUUCGACUGGGGGACGAUGUCACGAAGGAAAAUAGUGAACUGAUCGCACGAUUGUUAGAUAAUGAAGGCAUUACAUCUGCUUGGUAUUUUAACGGAUCUGUAUACGCAAAAGUGAAGGACAAACGUGUGAAAUUCGACAUCCUGGACGAUAUUGACCAUAAGAUUCCUCUAGGUUCCCUCCCACACCAGAGAGCAAAUCUGACCACGCCUCCAGGAUUCGCCAUUAAAUCUCCGUCACUUCCGGGCGCAGGAAUUGGCGCAUGGGCGGAGACCUUUGUUCCGAAGUUCACGAUCCUCGGUGUCUAUGAAGGACUUAUUCACACUGUAGACAAGAAGGAGGAUUUAUAUUCAUGGCAGGUAGAUAAACAAGGUACCUAUGGUACUUACAACAUAGAUGCAGAAGAUCCGGCCUGUAGUAGCUGGUUACGAUUCGUUAAUUCUCCCGCAAAAUAUCAACAAGAAAAUGUCGUUCCUAUCCUGUGCGAGGGCAUCAUCUUCUAUAUGACGUCACGUGACGUAAAGCCGGGGGAAGAGCUCCUGGUCUG